AUGAGUACCACGGACCCCACCGGGGAGGGUGGAGGAGGAGGAGGAGGAGGGGGCGGUGGAGGAGAAGGCGAGGGCGCUAUGACGACGACGAACGUCGAGCAAACGGUAUCGCCGAGCACGCCGAUCACCACCGGCAACGUGGUGCUACCGGCGCAGCCGGCUACUCAGCAACAGCAGCAACAGCACCCGCCACCGUCACCCCUGAGUGGCUGUUACCUUCUUGUGGUGCUUCCUGAGCCUCAUACCGCACAACACAAGGACCUCAUCCUAAACCGUCUCGCGAAAGGUUUUCUAUCAUGGGACAAAGACAGCUGUCACGUGGAUCUGGAGAAAGAAUUAUUGGCCUUAGUAGCACAAGCCCCCGAAGGCGAGGAAGCCAGAAACGGCGAAAGAUUGAUCCAAUAUGCUACCGAGAACCUCGUGACCGAAGUUCUCAUACAUCCGCAGACGAAUACGUUGUUGCAAUGUAUUCGCAACCUUCUCGCAAGCUUCACGAAACACCGGCACAUCAUACACGCUGGAUACACAUUCGGUGGUAAUGGUUCCUGGAUACUGCAGGAUGGGACCUUCAGUCUCGCAGACUUUUUGGAUGCGUUCAGUGAACAUGAGGUGCAAAGAGUCCUUCGUGCCUACGAGAAUAGCGUUACCGUAGAUAUUUAUUGCGCGGGUGUCGGCGAUUGGACGACGAGCCGGUUAUCAAAGGAGACUUGUUGCAGAUCUUGCAGAGUCAGAGUGAAUCCCGACGAUGUUCUCACAGCCGGUGUGCCGGCUAUCACGAGUUUCACGAAUUAUAUCGGACAGUAUCUCGUGGCGCAAACACUGGACCAGCUCAUGGAACCGUCCGACGUCGUUGGAAACAUUAGAUUUAGCCAUCCGACUUUAUACGUCUUCCCCGGUGGACAAGGUGACGCCGCGCUUUUCGGUAUAAACGGCUUCAACAUGCUUGUCGACGGCGGCUUCGCCAGGAAGGCUUGCUUCUGGGACUUCACCAGGCACUUGGAUCGGUUGGACGCAGUUCUAGUCACUAGGAUAAAUAAUAGCAACAUCGGCGGCAUGUUCAGCGUCCUUCGCAAGAAGAAGGAAAUGCACGUCUAUCCUCAGAUCGGCCAUUUCUUCUGUAACUUAGUUGAAAGAAGACAAUCAAACUCACCGGACGGCGACAAGGACAUCGAUCCGCUGAUCCUGAACCUCACCGACAUCGGGCAGGAGAUGGUGUUGAAUCUGCGGCACAUCAAUCUCCGCGUCCAUCCCUGCUACAGAGACCCGGACCCGAUCAAUCUCUACCACAAAGUGGGCCACGGCACGCUGGACAUGUACGUCCUCAGCCCGAGCAAGGACAGUCGCGAGGUGCGCGAGUUCUUGGCGAAGUGGCACGCGUCGGACUCGAAGCUGUUCGCUGGCUCCCACAAGAAGGACAGCAACAAUCUCACAUUCCCCAUUCAGAAUCUCGUGUCCAUAUGCGCGCUCCUGGUCUGGCAGCCGGCUAAUCCCGAGGACACCAUCACGCGAAUCCUCUUCCCGGGCAGCACGCCGCAGCAUAAGAUCUUCGAAGGUUUCGAGCGGCUUAAGCACUUGGACUUCCUGAAGCACCCGGUGUGCUCGGCGAAGACGCUGUCGCCGUCGACGUCGUUGGCGACGCUCCGGGACAAGCCGGCCAAACAGAAAUUCAGCCUGAUCGAGAAGGAGUCGAAGAAGAUUUCGGAGCCGAGGAAGGACAAGAGGGAACCGUCGGAGCCCAAGUCGAUCAAGGCCGCGGAGGAGGCGUCGAGGACCACUCCGCAAUCCACGCCGAUCAUUCCCACGAGUAAGCCCAAGUCCGAGGUAAAGACGAAGAAGGUCGCGGAGAACAAAAAGAUCGAGACCGAAGCGAAGGAGGCGAAGAAAAUUGAGCCCGACGCGAAGGAAAGCAAGAAGAUCGAGAAGGAGCUGAAGGAGGUGAAGAAAGAACCGAAGAAGGACGACAUCAGAAAGACCGAGCUAAUCAAGCCGGAACCCGACAAGACUGCGCCGAAGGAACCGAAGGAGCCCAAAGAGCCCAAGCCGAAACCCGAGCCGAAGAAGAAAGAACUAAAGGAAGGCAGAGCCACGCUGAAGGCCGUUAAGGCGGCUGAGCUGAUAUCGAGGCCGAAGCCGAGCGAAAAGAAGGCGAAACCUUCCGGCAUGGAGAAGAAAGACGCCGUGAAGUCUUCCCCGACCACUCCGAAGAAGACCCUGAACGGCACCAGGACGGACAUUUGGAAGGCCGUGCCGAAGGCAAGGCCGGCGUCCAAGGCCGCGCCCAGUCUUCCGGCGAAGAGCGCCAAGGAAGCGAACAACAGGAAAGUGGUGGAACAGAAGAACAUUGAGAAGUCCGGCGCGAAGGACACCGUGACGGCGGCGGCGCCCGCGGUCAAGGUCUCGGCGAAGCCGAAGCCGAUGGACCGGAAGCCGAUCAGCCGUCGCGCCAAGCCGGUCAGCCCGAGCAAGGCUCGCAUGCCGGGCAGCCCGGCGAAAUCCACUCGCAGCACGCCGACCGCCUCCGUCAAGUCGGACAAAGACGGCGUGAUUCGCAAGGUGAAGGGCGACAAAGGCACCACCGACUCGUCCACGGUCUCUACUCCGUCCGGCAUCGAGCCGGAGGCGGUGAAGCCGAUCGAUAAGAGCUUGAUCGAGCAGUCGGAGGACAUCUCGCUGGAUUCGAUAGAGAGCAAGGUGCUGGCGGACCUGAAGGAAGAGCGGGAGGUCGUCGAGGAGAUCGAGGCUGUGCUGCAGAAGGCCGAGAGGAUCGAGGAGACUCGGAAGGACGAUCGUUUCGAGGGCGACGACGAGAUCACCGCUGAGGCCACCGACAAGAAAGAGGAGGACAUCACGGAGGAGGACGUAACCGCCGAGAUCGAGGACGCGCCUAAGAAGGAGGGCUCCCGGAAGGAGAGUCAAGAACUGACCGAGGAGGACGAGUACCUGAUCGUCGAGAAGGAAGAGAUCUACACCGAGGAUUCCGCGCAGAGCGGCGAAGGUGAACAGAAGCAUGUGCUCGACGAGGCCGAGUCCGAGAAGGCGAAGAUACUGAAGGAUGUGGAGGCGAUGAAGGAGAAGGGCGAGAAGGAAGAGCCGGAGGAAAAGGGGAAGGACGAGAGCCCGGAGAAGAAGAUCGAGAAGGCCGCGGAGAAGGUCGAGAAGGAAGCCGCUGAUCUACCCGCCGAGCACAAGGAGCAGCUGCAGGCGGAAGUGAAGGAAAUCAUCGCUUCCGCAGCUGAGAUCGUGCAGAAGACCGAGGAGAAGGAUGACUCCGGCAAGAAGGACAGCGAGGACAUCACGAAGGAGCCGUCCAGCCUGAGCCCGGACAAGCUUGACUCGUCGGAGAAGAAAACCGAUACCGACGUAAAGCCAGAUGUCGAGCAAAAGGAACACGUCCUCGAGAAGAUGGAGGAGUCCCAGGAGAGAAUCUCCACGAUCGAAUCCGGAGCCACCACCACCGCCCCGACCCUGCCGGAGGACGAGCGAAUACCGUUGGACGAGAUAAAGGAGGACAUCGACGAGAAGCACGUGAUCGAGGAGGUGAAGGAGAAGGACGCGCCGGCGAAGCUCAGGGAAGAAGUCGUACCGGAGACCGUUCCCGUCGCCGUGAAACCGGAGGUCAAGGUGUUCGACGUCCGCCAAGCGAUGCAGAGCCUGCAGAGGGACAUCGUCAAGACGCCCGACGAGGUCGCCGAUCUUCCGGUGCACGAGGAGGUCGACCCGAAACUUUACAGGAUGGAGGACUUCGAGAAGGGCAAGGAGGAGAAGCCGACGCCGCAGGAGGUCAAAGAGCCGCCCACGCCGCCUGUCAAGGAGCAGAAAGGUGUCUUCAGUUUCUUCGGCAAGGUCGCCGACAAGUUCGAGAAGGGUAUCGAUAAGCUGACCAAGAAGACGAAGAAGGAAGCCGACAAGGAUUCCGAGGAGAAGUCCUCCUCGAAGUCGAGCUCGCCGAAGGAAGCGAAGGUCCAGGAGAAGACGGUUCUGGAGGAAGUUGACAUGGAGAAGAUGUUCCCGAAGGUCGGCAAACCCGCCGACAAACCCGAGACGUUCGAGGAGGCGAAGCCCACGAUCGCCGACGUGAAGGUUGCCGCCAUCAAAGAAACGGCGGCAUUCAUACAACAAGAGAUAUCGGACAGCAAAAGAGCCAGUGUGCCGGAUAUCGAAGAGAAGCUCGCGACCGAUAAGCCGGAACGAAUCAUCACCAAAGUCGACAUCGAAGUGCCUCCGUCGGAGAAAGCACCACCUGUCGUCGUCCCAUCGACGAAAUCACUCGAGGAGCAAGAAAUCGCGAAGGAGAUCGAGCUCCUGAAAGAGGAGGGCAUAGAGGAGGACGCUGAGGAGGUGAAGGCUCUGCUGGAGGAAGCGUCGAAGAAGUUCAAAACCGUCAAGGACAGCCUGAGAGAUUCCCUGGAGUCUCUGGAGGAGAAGAUCAAGGAGGAGGAAGAAAUGGCCGCCGCGUUGCAGGAGUUACAACCCGCCUUGGCAGAUGCGGUGAAGGACACCUUAGAAGGAGUGAUCGAGAAGUUGGAGGAGAUCAAGCCGCAUAUCGAGAGCUUCUCGCCUGACAUAAAGGAGCCGGAAAAGGUCAAAUUUGCUAUACCGAAGGACGAAGAUUUCGAAGAGGAGUACGAAGAGGAGGAGCCGGAGGGACCGUUCAGGGAUGUGAAGGAGGCCGUCAGGGACGUGGGAGAGGUCCUCGCCGGCACCGCCGGUAUUGAAAUCGACGACAAGCCUAAGAACGUCGAGGAAAUCGUGAAGAAGGUCGCCGAAGUUCUUAAAGAAGACGAUUUCCUCUCUCACAAGGUGUUGUUUGAGGAGCCUGCUAAGAAGGACGAGAUCUCACCGGUCUCGACGGACAGGAAGCCAUCGAAGGAGGAAAUCUCGCCUGUCCCGACGGAUAGGAAGCCGUCGAAGGAAGAAAUCUCGCCAGUCCCGACGGAUAGGAAGCCGUCGAAGGAAGAAAUCUCCCCAGUCCCGGCGGAAAAGAAGCCUUCCGUACCAAGUGGGAAGGAAUCCCCGGAGGAGGCCGUCGAACUAGAGGAGAAGGUACCUAAACCCGAUUUCGAGUCUGUCGUGAUACCGACGAAAGUCGGUAUCACAGAAGAAAUCCCGGUUCACGAAGAAGUCGAGGAACUAAUCCCGGAGAAGCCGGAGAAACCGCUGCUCUCACCGUACGAGAAACCCGACGCUGUCAAGGUGAAGGAAGAACCCUGCGUGAAAGCAGUGAAGAAGGAGGAGAUGGUGUCUCCCGUGAAAGAAGACAUCACGAAAGACAUCAAGGGUGCCCAGAAGAUCUGCGAGGAGAUGCUGAAAGAGGACGAACACAUCGCGCAUGAGAAGCCAAAGGACGAGCCCGACACGUCUCAAGUGGACGUGCUGCAGGCCGGUAUCGAAACGGUGUGCGUGAAGGAGGUGGCGAAACGGCCCUCCCUCGAGGACAAGCUGCCGGAGGGCGAGAUAGAGCAGCCGGUGAUAGGCUUCGAGCAGAAGGUAUCUCCGGCGAAGGCGGAGAUAGUGAUGGUGACACCGGACUCCGCGCCGACCUCGCCGAAAUUCACCACCGACAAGAUGUACGAUCAGGAAUUGGAGGCGGCGGGUCCACCGGGUGCCGCUGAGGCGCCGAAGCUGCCCGAAGACGUGAAGGUGGUUCUCAGCAGGGAAGCGCCGGUCGAGGAGAUAAUCGAGGAGCUGAUCAUCACGAAGAAAAAGAGAAUCACGAUCGAGGUGAUCGAGUACAUCACCGUGGUGAAGCGUAUCCCGCGGGAACGCGUCAUCUACAUCAUCGAGGAGAUCAUCGUGAGGAAGGGCCUGCCGAGGGAGAGCGUGGUGGACGAUCCCGAGAUACUGAAGCUGAAGGAGCCGAUCACUCCCGAGAAGAGGAUGGAGGUCGAGGAGUACAUCGUGAACGAGUACAUCGUCAAAGGCAAGCGGAUCACGAUACAGGUCGUCGAGGAGAUCUCGAUAAAGAAGGUGGUGCCCAAGAAGAUCGUGAUCGAGAUCAUCGAGGAGAUCAUCGUCAAGAGGAAGAUCGUCCGGCACAUGGUGCUCGACGUUCCCGAGGAAGUGCUGUCGGAGAUCGCUCGAGAGGAGCCGCCGGAGAAGUCGCCGGAGGAGUCGCCGGAGGAGUCCGCGGAGGAGCAGAUCACGCCGAAGAUAGACAUCAGCGCGAAGCGCGAAUCAGUCGUGGUGGAAGCCGAGCCGGAGGAGCCGAUCGCGGCGCAGAAACGCGCGGAGCUCGAGGAGCUCAUCGUCGACGAGUAUGUCGUCAAAGGCAAGAAGAUCACCAGGUCGACGAUCGAGCAGAUCUCCGCGGAGAAGGCCGUGCCCAAGCAGAUCCUCAUCGAGAUCAUCGAAGAGAUCAUCGUGAGAAGAAAGGUUCCCAGGGAGACGGUGCUCGGACUCACCGUGGAGGAGAUAUCGGCGAUCAUCGGCGAGACAGCCGAGGAGCGAGAGGAAGAGCCACCGGAAGCGAAGGUCUCAGAUGAGAAGCGAGAAUCACCCACCGAAGUGCCCGAGAUUUCGGAGACGAAGGAGCUCCCGGUAACUUCGCAGAAACGGGCGGAAGUCGAGGAGUAUAUCGUCAGUGAAUACGUCGGCAAGGGCGGCGGCGUCACCGUUGAGAAGCUCGAGGAGAUCUGCGGCAAGAAGAAUGUAUCCAGGAGAAUCGUCAUCGAGAUUAUCGAGGAGAUCAUUGUCAAGAGGAAGAUUCCGAGGCGCGCGCUGCUGAGCAUCACCGAAGAGGAAGUGUCUCGCGUGAUCGCGGAGGAGGAAAAGUCGCCGGAAGCGGAAGUGCCGGCUGAGAAGAGAAAGUCGCUCGUCGAAGCGCCCGGUCUGGCCGAGGAGAAGAAAUCUCCGGUCGAGGCGAAGGAGGACAAGAAAGAGGACGAGCGUGAGGUCGCUGAAAAGGAAUCGCCCACCGUGCCCGAGGAGGAGGAGGAGGAGGAGGAGAAACUGGUGGACGGCUUCGUCAGCGUACCCAGGAGGAUCUCCGACGGCACGACGGACGUAAAGAAGAAGGAGGCGUCUCCCGUCGAAGAAGAGCCGUCGGCCUUAAAGGAGCACGAGAAGGAUGUGAUCGACGACUUUGAGGCGGUCGAGCAGGAGUACAAAGUGCACGACUUGCCGGCCACGUCUCCCGAGAAGGCGGACGAGAUGAGGGAAAAGGAGGAAGUUGAAGAGACCGCAGACGAUACCACAAGCGAGGUGAUCGAAGCGGACGAGAAGUUCGUGCAAGAAACUAAAGAGAAGGCGGGCAAGGAAGAGCCUCAGGUCGAUGUGGCGAAGGCCGUGAAGCCCGCGGACGAAAAGCGGGAGCCCGAGGAGCCGGAGACAUCCGAGGUGUCGGAGGUCGUCGACACCAUCGAGAAGUACCUGGACGAGGCUAAAGAAAAGACGGACGACGUUCUCCCGAAGGAGCCCACCGCGAAGCCGGUGUCGCCGGUCCUCGACAAGGCGGACGAAGUUCCGACCGAGAAAGUGGACGAACGUAAGGAAGUCGAAGAGAAGGAGGCGCCCAAAGACGUCACCCCCGACAAGCGGCCGUCGAUUGGCGCAGCCGUCGAGCCGGAAGACACUUCUAAGGCAACCGUACCGAGUCCGAAAGCGAUCGAUGAGAAGCCCGUGACGGACGAGGUAGUGAAAGCAGCGGAAGCCGCGAUCGCAGACAAAGAGACCGACCAGAAGGUCCUAGUGGAGGAUGUGAAGUCAAAAGAGACAACUCCGACGAAAGAAGAGCUAUUGAAAGAUACUGAGGAGGUCGUGGAAGCGAUCAGACCGGAAACUAAAUUAGCGGACGCGACGGGCUUCGCAACGGAGCCGAAAUUCCAACUGGUCGCAGAAGACAUUCCUGUUAUACCCAAACUUGUGGAGACUAAGGAGACCGAGGACGAGAAGAGUCCUCCUGAAGCGGCCGAGGAAGUUUCGCGCAGGAAAAGGAGCGUUUCACGGGAACCGGAGGACGAAGCGCCAAAGACGAAAGACGAUAUCGAGGCUGAGCUUCCCGAAGAGGCCAAGGAUGAGGGUAAAAAAUCACCGGAGGACAAACCGUCGAAAACCGACGAGGACACUGGCACCGUGCGAAGAAUGUUGGUCACGGCGAGCAGUGAAGAUGGCAAGGAGGAGACCGAGAUUUGCCCGACCGGCACCAUAACCUUCAUGAAGACCGUCACCCCGGACGAUUCUCUGAAAGACACGUCUGUGAAAUCCACACCGGACAAGGACUCCUUGCUCAUAGACAAGGAUUCCUUGCGCUCAGAGGAGAGCACGCCGGAGAAGGACAGUAUCUCUGAAAAAUCCCCGCCCGACGCUAAAGACAAGGUCACGUCGGAAGACAGCUUGGAGAAAUCGCCCUUGGGCGCUCGUGACUCUCAGGACCUCGAGGACAGUUUGGAGAAGUCAGAGCCGUGUAAGGAGCGGAAGGAUUCCGAAGUGCCGUCGAUCGACGACGACAAAGCGAAAAUCACGAAGCCGAAGUCGCCGGCGGAAGAAGUCCCCGACAAGCUCGAGGAAUUAAAAUCUCCCGGUGAACUCGUCGCCGAACAAGUCGGCAAACCCAAAUCUCCAGCGGAGGAAGUCAAGGAUCACGUCGAGAUAACGAAGGCUCCCGCCGAGGAGGUCGAAGAAAAGGCGGACAGACCGAGAUCGAAAUCUCCGUCGCCGCCCCAAGAGGCAGGAUUGGUUAUAACUGAAGAGGCUGUCGAAAAGAUCGACGUGGCCAAGCCCGCUGUGGAAGCGAUCGCUGAGAAGCUCGAACCUGAUGAGAAAGAUACCGCGCAGGUGGCCGAUACAACAACGUUGGACAAAAAGGUGCCGCCUGAGGCGAAGCACGAGGAUGUGCAGACAGCAAAAUCGCCCCUCGAGAAAUCUCCGGCGGAGGAAGCGAUGGAGAAACCGACACUCCCGAUUGAGAAGAUACUUCCGGAAACUGAAAAAGAAAGCGUCCCGAAGACACCCGAAUCUCUUCGAUCGGAGGACGUUUCACCGGCCGAGACGAUCUUCUCGAAAUCACCGGACAAGCACGAGGCGUACUUCGCGAAGACGCCCAUCAGCGAGGAGGAAGCGCCCGAGGAAGUCGCUGAGAAACCAACCGAACCCACGAGAGAAAUCAAACCGACUACCGACAAGGACGUGUCGAUAUCCCAAGCUGAGGAAAAAUCACCGACUCCGGAGAGCAAGGAUGACAAACUUCUGGACGCUGUUCCGGCGGAGAAGGCGAGAUCGCCGAGCGUGAGCAGCGAGAAACCGGACGAGAAGGACAUCUCCAGCGCGUCCAGCGAGAAAUCCGAGGACAAGGAAUCAGUGCGCUCCAAGUCUCCCAGCGUCGCUGACGCUGACAAGGCGGCCGAUUCACUCGCUCAGCCAGAGGACAAGUCGCGCUCACCGAGUGUCGCUAGUGUGAAGGCGGAGGAGUUGAAAACGGUCGAGCCGGAAGACCGGCGUCCCAGCUUAGCGGAGAAGGAAACUGUCGCAUUGCUCGACAAGCCGAGAUCCCCCGGCGAGGAAACAGCGGAUGAGGCUAAGUUAAAAUCACCCGCGGAGGCUGACGACGAGAAAGCGAAGGAAGCGAAGCCAGAGGUCGUCGACGCGGCUAAGGAAGCCGAGAAGGAGCCGGCGGACGGGUCUAAAUCUCCGAGCAUCACCAGUGAAAAAUCCGACGAGAAGUCUCUCGAUAAGCCCUCUAGUCUUCUAAGUGAUAAGGAAGCGGCCGAGGAAGAAGAAAGGAGCGACAAGUCGAAAUCACCAAGCGCGGUCGAGAAGGAAACGAUCAGCGGGAAAUCGCCUAUUCUCGAGAGUGAACUCCACGAUGAAAAGGGACCAAUUGACGAAGCUCGAUCCCCAGGCGCGAUCAGCGAGCGAUCCGACGAAAGCAGAGAGGCCGAUCGUUCCAAAUCACCGAGCGUGGCCGCGGACAAGCAGCUGGAUGACCUUCAAGAUGCGACGGAGCGUUAUUUAGAGAAAACCAAAUCCCCUAUUUUUGAUAGGCCAGACUCGCCUAAAGCUAUUGAUAAGACUGAAGAACCACACGAUAAAGAUAGAUCUCCCAGCGUAGUUAGUGAUAAAUCAGAUAGCAAAAAAGUCAGUGACCGUUCUAGAUCACCGAGCAUUUGUACAGAAAAAGUAGACCUCAAGGACGCGGAUUUACCGAUCGAGAGCGCCCGAUCGCCUAGCGUCGCCAGUGUCAAGGACGACAAAGCCGACGUUCCGAAGGACGAGUCGAAGUCCCCGACGCAGCCCGAUCAAGUCGAUCUGAAAGACUCAAUGCAGCUCCCAGUGGACAAGUCGCGAUCACCGAGCGUGGCGAGUAUCGUGAGCGAGCCUAAGGAACCACCGCUCAAGGAUAAGUCACCUGUCACCGGCGAUGAAGCGAGAGAGUCGCCCGAGAAGAGCAAGUCACCGAGUCCGGUCGAGCAGAAGUUGGACAUCGGCGACAAAGAGCCGCGCGAGAAAUCGCGCUCGCCCAGUAUCGACGAGCAACAGCCUGCUGAGCAAGCAAGGAAAUCCCCGGUCGGAGAGAAGCCGGAGGGUCUCGCGCCGGAACCUGCCGAGAAGUCGAGAUCUCCGAGCGUCUCGAGCAUCGCGGCUGAUAAGAAAGACGAACGCUCCAAGUCACCGAGCAUCACGGACGAAAAACCGGAUAUGAAGGACGUCGCGGAGCAGCCGCUUGACAAGUCGAAGUCACCUAGCGUGGUGAGCGUCAGCGUCGAGCAGAAGGCGCCCGCUGACCGGUCCAAGUCGCCGAGCAUCGCCGACGAGAAGCCGGACGUGAGAGACGAGCCGACAACGGAAAAGUCCAGGUCCCCGAGUGUGAUCAGCGUCACCGGGGAGCAGAAAGAACCGACCGACCUCUCCAAGUCGCCCAGCGUUGCCGGGGAGAAGCCGGACUUGAAGGACGUAGCCGAGGUACCUCACGAUAAAUCCAGAUCGCCCAGUGUUGCAAGCGCUACGGGCGAUCGCUCGAAGUCUCCGAGCACCGCCGAGGAGAAGCCGGACCUGAAGGACGUCACCGAGCCGUUGGAGAAGUCCAGGUCGCCCAGCGUCGUCAGCACUACCAGCGAGCAGAAAGAGCCAAUCGAUCUUUCGAAGCCGCCCAGCUUGGCCGCCGAAAAACCAGACGAAAAGGAUGUGGCAGACGCGACAGGAAUGCCACUUGACAAGUCUAAGUCGCCCAGUCCGGUGAGUUCCGCAGCAGGCGAGCAGAAGGACGCUGCGGCUCGCACGAAAUCACCGAGCCUGGCUGAGGAGAAACCUGAUGUGAAGGACCUUCCAGAACCGUCUUUGGAGAAGUCACCAAGCGUUGUCAGUGUCACAGAAGAGACGAAAGAGACUUUCGACCGCGCAAAAUCACCGAGUACUGUCGAUGAGAAACCGAAGUCACCUAGCGAACAGAAAGAACCGACGGACCGCUCGAAGUCACCCAGCAUCGGGGAGAAACCCGACGCCAGAGAUGUCACGGAAGCGCCGAUAGAGAAAUCGAGGUCUCCUAGUAUUAUAAGCGGUACUAUCGAAUCGAAAGAGCUCCUCGACCGCGAGAAAUCACCGACUACCGACGACGAAAAGCCGAAGUCACCUGGCGAACAGAAAGAGCCGGUGGACCGCUCGAAGUCACCAAGCCUCGACAUGAAAGACGUCACGGAAGCGCCCACGGAGAAAUCAAGGUCUCUUAGUAUCAUAAGUGGCACUAGCGAGUCGAAGGAGCCGCUCGAUCGCGAAAAAUCACCGACUACCGUCGACGAAAAGCCGAAGUCACCUGGAGAACAGAAAGAGCCCGGGGACCGCUCGAAGUCACCGAGCAUCGCCGAAGAGAGACCCGACGCGAAAGAUGUCACGGAAGUAACGACAGAGAAAUCAAGGUCUUCUAGUAUUAUAAGCGGCACUAGCCAGUCGAAGGAACCACUUGAUCGUGAAAAAUCACCGAGUACCGUCGACGAGAAGCCGAAGUCACCUAGCGAACAGAAAGAGCCCACGGAACGCACCAAGUCACCGAGCCCCGACACGAAAGAUGUCACGGAAGCGCCGACGGAGAAAUCGAGGUCUCCUAGCAUUAUAAGCGGCACUAGCGAGUCUAAAGAACCGCUCGUCCGCGAAAAAUCACCGAGUAUUGUCGACGAGGAGCCAAAGUCACCUGGCGAACAGAAAGAGCCUUCGGAUCGCUCGAAGUCACCCAGCAUCGCCGGGGAGAAACCUGACGCAAAAGAUGUCACGGAAGCGCCAAUAGAGAAAUCGAGGUCUCCUAGUAUUACAAGCGACAUUAGUGAGUCGAAGGAACUGCUUGAUCGCGAAAAAUCACCGAGUAUUGUCGACGAGAAGCCGAAGUCACCCAGCAUCGCUGGGGAGAAACCGGACGCGAAAGAUGUCACGGAAGUAACGACAGAAAAAUCGAGGUCUCCUAGUAUCGUAAGCGGCACUAGCGAGACGAAGGAACCACUCGACCGUGAAAAAUCACCGAGUACCCUCGACGAGAAACCGAAGUCACCUAGCGAACAGAAAGAGCCCACGGACCGCUCGAAGUCACCGAGCAUCGCCGGAGAGAAACCCGACGCGAAAGAUGUCACGGAAGUAACGACAGAGAAAUCGAGGUCUCCUAGUAUCAUAAGCGUCACUAGCGAGUCGAAAGAGCCGCUCGAUCGCGAAAAAUCACCAAGUAUUGUCGACGAGAAACCGAAGUCACCUGGCGAACAGAAAGAACCCACGGACGGUUCGAAGUCACCCAGCAUCGCUGGGGAAAAACCCGACGCGAAAGAUAUCACGGAAGCACCGAUGGACAAAUCUAGGUCUCCUAGUAUUAUAAGUGGCACUAGCGAAUCGAAAGAGCCGCUCGACCUCGAAAAAUCACCGACUACCGUCGACGAGAAGUCACCUGGCGAACAGAAAGAACUCACGGAUCGCUCGAAGUCUCCCAGCAUCGCCGGGGAAAAACCCGACGUAAAAGAUGUCACGGAAGCGCCGUUGGAGAAAUCGAUAUCUCCUAGUAUUAUAAGCGACACUAGCGAAUUGAAAAAGCCGCUCGACCGCGAAAAAUCACCGACUACCGUCGACGAGAUGCCGAAGUCACCUGGCGAACAGAAGGAACCCACGGACCGCUCGAAGUCGCCAAGCAUCGCCGGGGAGAAACCCGAUGCGAAAGAUAUCACGGAAGCACCGAUGGACAAAUCGAGGUCUCCUAGUAUUAUAAGCGACAUUAGCGAAUUGAAGGAGCCACUCGACCGCGAAAAAUCACCGACUACCGUCGACGAGAAGCCGAAGUCACCUGGCGAACAGAAAGAGCCUGCAGACCGCCCAAAAUCACCGAUCCGCGACGUGAAAGACGUCACAGAAGCACUGACAGAAAAAUCUAGGUCUCCUAGUGUUAUAAGCGCUACUAGCGAGUCGAAGGAGCCGCUUGUCCACGAAAAAUCGCCGAAAACUCUCGACGAGAAGCCGAAGUCACCUGGCGAGACAAAAGAGCCCGUGGAUCGCUCGAAGUCACCGAUCCCCGACGCGAAAGACGUCACGGAAACAACGACAGAGAAAUCAAGAUCUCCCAGUAUUAUAAGCGGCACUAGCGAGACGAAGGAACCUCUCGACCGUGAAAAAUCACCGAGUACUGGCGAUGAGAAACUGAAGUCACCUAGCGAACAGAAAGAACUCAUGGACCGCUCGAAGUCACCGAGCAUCGCCGGAGAGAAACCCGACGCGAAAGAUGUCACGGAAGUAACGACAGAAAAAUCGAGGUCUCCUAGUAUCAUAAGCGUCACUAGCGAGACGAAGGAACCACUCGACCGUGAGAAAUCACCGAGUACUCUCGAUGAGAAACCGAAGUCACCUGGUGAGCAGAAAGAGCCCACGGACCGCUCGAAGUCACCGAGCAUCGCCGGAGAGAAACCCGACGCGAAAGAUAUCACGGAAGUAACGACGGAAAAAUCGAGGUCUCCUAGUAUCAUAAGCGACACUAGCGAGACGAAGGAACCACUCGACCGUGAAAAAUCACCGAGUACUCUCGACGAGAAAUCGAAGUCACCUAGCGAACAGAAGGAGCCCACGGACCGUUCGAAGACACCGAGUAUCGCCGGAGAGAAACCCGACGCGAAAGAUGUCAUAGAAGCGCCGACGGAAAAAUCGAGGUCUCCUAGUAUCGUAAGCGGCACUAGCGAGACGAAGGAACCACUCGACCGUGAAAAAUCACCGAGUACUCUCGACGAGAAACCGAAGUCACCUAGCGAACAGAAAGAGCCCACGGACCGCUCGAAGUCACCGAGCAUCGCCGGAGAGAAACCCGACACGAAAGAUGUCAUGGAAGCGCCGACGGAAAAAUCGAGGUCUCCUAGUAUCGUAAGCGGCACUAGCGAGACGAAGGAACCACUCGACCGUGAAAAAUCACCGAGUACUCUCGACGAGAAACCGAAGUCACCUAGCGAACAGAAGGAGCCCACGGACCGUUCGAAGACACCGAGUAUCGCCGGAGAGAAACCCGACGCGAAAGAUGUCAUGGAAGCGCCGACGGAAAAAUCGAGGUCUCCUAGUAUCGUAAGCGGCACUAGCGAGACGAAGGAACCACUCGACCGUGAAAAAUCACCGAGUACUCUCGACGAGAAACCGAAGUCACCUAGCGAACAGAAAGAGCCCACGGACCGCUCGAAGUCACCGAGCAUCGCCGGAGAGAAACCCGACGCGAAAGAUGUCAUGGAAGCGCCGACGGAAAAAUCGAGGUCUCCUAGUAUCGUAAGCGGCACUAGCGAGACGAAGGAACCACUCGACCGUGAAAAAUCACCGAGUACUCUCGACGAGAAACCGAAGUCACCUAGCGAACAGAAAGAGCCCACGGACCGCUCGAAGUCACCGAGCAUCGCCGGAGAGAAACCCGACGCGAAAGAUGUCACGGAAGUAACGACAGAGAAAUCGAGGUCUCCUAGUAUCAUGAGCGUCACUAGCGAGACGAAGGAACCACUCGACCGUGAAAAAUCACCGAGUACUCCCGACGAGAAACCGAAGUCUCCUGGCGAACAGAAAGAACCUACGGACCGCUCGAAGUCACCGAGCAUCGCCGGAGAGAAACCGGACGCGAAAGAUGUCACGGAAAUAAUGACAGAAAAAUCGAGGUCUCCUAGUAUCGUAAGCGGCACUAGCGAGACGAAGGAACCACUCGAUCGUGAAAAAUCACCGAGUACUCUCGACGAGAAACCGAAGUCACCUAGCGAACAGAAAGAGCCCACGGACCGCUCGAAGUCACCGAGUAUCGCCGGAGAGAAACCCGACGCGAAAGAUGUCACGGAAGUAACGACAGAGAAAUCGAGGUCUCCUAGUAUCAUGAGCGUCACCAGCGAGUCGAAGGAACCGCUCGACCGCGAAAAAUCUCCGAGUACCGUCGACGAAAAGCCGAAGUCCCCUAGCGAACAGAAAGAACCCACUGACCGCCUAAGGUCACCGAGCCUCGACGCGAAAGAUGUCACGGAAGUAACGACAGAGAAAUCGAGGUCUCCUAGUAUCAUAAGCGGCACUAGCGAAUCGAAGGAGCCACUCGACCGCGAAAAAUCACCAAGUACUGUCGACGAGAAGCCAAAGUCACCUGGCGAUCAGAAAGAGCCCGCGGACCGCUCAAAGUCACCGAGCAUUGCCGGAGAGAAACCCGACACGAAAGAUGUCACGGAAAUAACGACAGAAAAAUCGAGGUCUCCUAGUAUCGUAAGCGGCACUAGCGAGACGAAGGAACCACUCGAUCGUGAAAAAUCACCGAGUACUCUCGACGAGAAACCGAAGUCACCUAGCGAACAGAAAGAGCCCACGGACCGCUCGAAGUCACCGAGUCUCGCCGGAGAGAAGCCGGAUUUAAGAGACCUCGGCUCGGAGCAGCGAAUUGAAAAAUCCCCUAGCGUUGUGAGCAUUCCCGAAGACCAGGAGAAGCCAAUAGACGAGCAGAAGACACCUGGUGUGAGCAAGUCGCCGAGUAUGGCGAGCGAUAAAUCCGACGGCAAGAGAUCCCUCGGCGAGUCGAAGUCGUCGAGCAUUGCCGAGGACAAGCUCGACUUAGCGGACGUCACAGAGCAGCCAAUGGACAAGUCCAAGUCACCAAGUAUCGCCAGUAUUGCGUCCGAUCAAAAGGAACCGUCGGAGAAAGCGAAAUCCCCGGUAUUAGACAAAAAGUUGGACGAAGUCGUGAGGAGCAAGUCGCCGAGCGUGGCCAGCGAGAAGUCCGAGGGCACGAAGUCAGCGGUGGCUUCCAAGCCGUCGAGCGUCGCCGGAGAUACGGGCGACUUGAAGGACUUGUCGGAGCCGACUCUCGACAAGUCUAGGUCGCCCAGUGUGAUAAGCACGACCGAGCCAAAAGAGCCGGUGUCGCCCACGGUUCUUCAUAAAACGGUGGAGCCGCAUGACAGAAGCAAAUCUCCAAGCGAGAAGUCUUCGAAAGCGACCAGCGUGACGGAGGAGAAGCCGGACCUCAAGGACGUUGUUGAGCCACCAACCGACAAAGCGGGGGUGCCGCACGACAGAAGCAAAUCUCCGAGCGAGAAGUCCGAUGGCAAAAAGUCCGCCGAGGACUCGAAAGCGACCAGCGUGACGGAGGAGAAAGUGGACCUCAAGGACGUUGUUGAGCCACCAACCGACAAAGCGGAGGUGCCGCACGACAGAAGCAAAUCUCCGAGCGAGAAGUCCGAUGGCAAAAAGUCCGCCGAGGACUCGAAAGCGACCAGCGUGACGGAGGAGAAGCCGGACCUGAAGGACGUUGUUGAGCCGCCAGCCGACAAAUCCAGGUCGUCCAGCGUCGCGAGUCUCGCGACCGACAAAGCGGAGACGAUCGAGAAGCCGAUGUCGCCCUCCGACAGAUUGGAAACAUCCGCUGAUCGCAGCAAAUCUCCCAGCACCGCCAGCGACAAGUCCGAUGGAAGGACGUCGGACGACAAACUCGGCGGCAAGGAGUACUACGAAGAUGCCAGCGACAAGUCUCCCAGCCUCACGGACAUGAAAAUGCCGGGGAAGGUAGACGUCGAGGAGAAGUCCCCGACCGUUCCCGAUAAGUUGGACGUGAAACUGGUCGGCGACGUUUCCCAGGCGCGCGAUAAGCCGCGAUCCCCGAGUAUCGUCUUGGACAAACCGACGGACGACAAAGGAGAGAUCGAGAAAGGCGACGUCGCCGAUCGGGGAACGUCCGACGCGCCGAGCAAACUGGUAGACAAGACGAGGUCGUUGAGCAUCAUCAGCGACCGGACGGAGUCGAAGUCGCCGAGUCCAGCCGACGAGAAGACCGAUCGUCAGAAGGACAAGUCGAGGGCGUCCAGCGUCGUGAGCGAGAAGCUCGACGACAUCGACAGCAAGAUCGUGCAGCCGGAGACGAAGGGCGAGCAGCCAGCUUCGCUGAGUCCGACGGUCGGACAAAUCGCGAAAAGCGAGUCCGUCAAAUCGUCGGGAGCGGGUUCGCCGGUGGACAAAGCCCCGGAGAAGGACCGAUCACGCUCACAGAGUAUCUUCGACAUCGACGAGAAGGGCCCGGCCAGCAGAAAGGCCAGUCUACCCGAGGACAAAUCGGCCGCUGAGCCUUCUCAGGAGCCGAAGGAGGACACCAGCAAACUCGGCGAAGCGGGGAAACCGCUCGGCGAAGAGGACGGGAGCAAGAGCUCGCCGAAAGCGAAGAGUCCCAUCACCUCCCCUGAGACGAUCCAAGAGGAACUGAAGAAGAUCCGCGAGAAAGGCCUCGCCGACUUCGAGGAGCCGGAAGCCGCACGGUCGGCGAAGAUGAAGAGACCGGACGACGAGGAGGAGGACAUCGUUAAAAUGACGGCCGAGAAGAAGGCUGAGAUCGAGAGAUACAUCCUGGAAGAGUUCAUCGUGCCCAAGAAGAAGAUCAGUCUGCUGGUGACCGAGAAAUUGGCCAUGACUUACAUGGUGCCGCAGAUGACGGUGAUGCAGAUCAUCGAGGACAUCAUCAGCCGGCGCAAGAUGUCGAGGAGCUCGGUCUUCGUCGACGAGGAGGUGCCGAUCCGACGGGAAGAACAAGAAGAGGAGGUGGUCGCGCCGCAAAAGCGAGCAGAGAUCGAGCAUUACCUCACCGACGAGUUUAUCGCGAAGAAGAGGAAGAUCACAGGGCAGGUGUUGGAGGAGAUCGUGAUUCUGAAGUCCGUGCCGCGAUACGUCGUCGUCAUGAUUAUCGAGGAGAUCAUCGUGAGGAGACAGAUUCCCCGAGACACCGUGAUCGACGGCGACCUGGGCCCGUCCAAAGAGCGGGACGACGGUGGUCUGGAAGAGAGCAAGAUGUCUCCCGUGGGCAGCGAGCGAUACGGCAGAGACGGGAAAGCGCUCUCCGGCAGCCCCAGCCUCAGCCCGGAGCCUAUACCCUCCGACAAGUCGACGCAGGACAGCCCGGUCCGGUCGGAGCCGCACAUAGACGAGGAGAUCUCGGUGUCCGAAGAGAAGCGGACGGAAACGGAGAAGCUGCUGGAGGAGGAGUACAUCAAGAAGGGUAGGAGGAUCACGGAGGUGACGCUUGAGGAGAUAAUCAUCAGGACCUCAUUGCCGCGAUACAUCAUCCUGGAGAUCAUCGAGGAGAUCAUACUGAAGAGGAAGUACUUGCGGGAGUCUGUGAUCGACCCGGAGAUCUACCAAGAGGAGGACGAGGAGUACGAGAAGAGGAUGUAUCACUACGACAGGACAACCGAUGCGGAUUACGAACUGCCGGCGGAGGCCGCCGGCAGGAAGUCUCCGGUCAAGUACAGCAUGUACCCGGACUCGGAGGAGCAGCCGCUGGACAAGCCCGGUUACCUGAUGGGCUACGAGAGCCAGUUUCACAAGGCCUUCGUCGGCGGGAUGACGGAGAUGAGGACGACGCACAUCACCACGCUCUCCGGCAAGUCCACGCCGGAGUACGCGACGCACGACGCCACGCCGGAAACAGGACUGGAGCCCGGCGGCGACAAAGCCGGCAAGCGGCCGCGAGGAGCCGCCAAAGAGGAGGAGGAGGGGAAAGCUGGGCAAGCGAGGCGAGCCUUCAGCUCGUCCGUGGAGAGCUCGGAGGACGGCAUUGCCGGCGAGGACGCGAAAGUUACGAAGGUGGGCGAACGGAUCCCGACGGAAGACGUUGAUGUAGUUCAGAAAGUGGUCAAGCGAGAGGUGGGAGAGCCGAGAACGGUGACGAAGGUGGUGAAAGGCGACGUGAUCCGGCACGAAGCGGCGGACGAAUCGACUGAAGACGACGUGAUCAUAGUGAGGAAGGUGGUGAAGCGUGAAGUGAUCGAAGGGGAGGAUGGGGAGUCCGAGACUGUAAUCAAGAAGGUGACUGAAGGGAUCGACGGCGACGUUAUCGUGGUGAAGAAGAUAGUGAAACGCGAGGUAGUUGAGGAAGAGGAGCCCGAAGAGGUGGCUGGGACGACGAAGCGAACCGUGCCGAGCGGCUCGGUCGGCGAACACGACGGCGGUGUCAUAGUGGUGAAGAAAAUAGUGAAGCGCGAGGUGAUCGAUCGAGAAGGUGAGGCCGAAGUGGCCGGCAGAGAAGCGAAGCGGCCGUCGAGUGUCGGACAGUCGGACGAGCCCGAGGCGAUCACCAAGAUCAUCAAACGCGAGAUCGUGGAGCACGGCGAGCCGGAGGUGGUCACCAAGGUGGUGAAGCGCGAGAUCAUCGAGCAGGACGAGCCCGAGGUCAUCACGAAGGUGAUCAAACGCGAGGUGAUCGUGCCCGAGGACGAGGCUGCCGCCGGCUUCACCGAGGACUCCGGCGAAUUCGUGAAGACGAUCACCACGAGAACAACGAGGACGAUCGUGACGGAGGAGCUCUCGGACGCCGAGCGGUCGCAGGCCGACCCGUCCAAGAUCUACACAGACCCGACUUCGGGCACCGCCUACAAGGUCGUGAGCGAGGAGAGCGCGCCGACGGACACGGCGAGCGCUGACGUGAAGCGGAUCGUGACGACGGUGACCACCAUCACCGGCCCGGACGGCAAGGUCACCACGAAGAAGGACGUUAAGGAGAGCAGCGACACCGUGGACAGCGAGGAGCUGUUGGAGAAACUGAUCGACGACAAGAGCGGCAAGCUCGCGGCGGAGGCUAAGUCCGCGGAGAAGAUCUUCAAGGAGACCAUCACGACCGUGACGUCCGGCGCGUCCACGCCCGACGUCAGGGCGUUCUACGAUUCCGGCAAGUCGACACCCGACUCGAAGCAGGAGGACAAGCUCGAGGCGGGCAGGGAGGCGCGUCUGGCCGCGGAGAAGCACGAGCACUCGGUAUCGCCGUUGGUGCGCGACCUGAUAUCCGACGACAAGAGCUACUCCGGCAAGUCCUCGCCCGACAUAUCAUUGCCGAAGGACAUCGUCUUCAGCGGCUCGACCGGCAAGUCCACCCCGGAGGUCCCCGUGUCGCCGUUGAUCCGGGACGGCGCCGCGGCCGCGCAGCCGCACCUCUCCGGGCGGUCGACCCCCGACCGGAGGUCCGACGGCCGCUCGUCGACCGCCACACCGGAAGGCUUCCGAUCGGGCGAGGUGAUCCGGACCAUCAUCACGACGACGAAAACGAUAUCCGACGAGGGCGAGAUCGUGACGACCACUCGCGAGGUCACCGAGACGACGAACGAGAAGGGCGAGACGGUCGUGCUGGCAGAGAAGACCGACGUGAAGGUGGACGAGCGGCUGCCGGGCAAAGACGCCGCGAUCAGCAGCAUCAUCGACAGCAUCCACGGAGCGUUCAAGUCCACGGAGUUGCAGCGUAGCGACAGCCCGGGCUCCGACGAGGCGUCCUCCAGCGAGAAGGAUCGGGUCAGCCCGCCCAGCGAGCACAGCAGUGUGCGCAGCAAGGCCACGACCCACGUGUGGGGUAGCAGCGAAGACGAGCCGCCCUCGUCGCCCCUCUCCUCGACCUCGCAGGUCGGCUACUCCCCGCACACGACGCACCGCACUGAACCGAUCUCGGACAAGGAGGAGGAGGAGGAGCAGCAGCAGCGGAAGACGGUCGAGUUCUCGACGGCCGCGAUGAGCAGCAGCUUCUACGGGGAGCUGCCGGCGGUGCCGCCGCAGAUCUCCGCGAUGAAAACCUUCCACGGCGAGACCGGCAUGCAGAAGAGCGACGAGUCCGCGCACAGCCGGUUCAUGGUCGAGAAAGAGUUCGCCGGCGGCUACGCGGAGAAACCGGAGGCGAAGAGGUACGUCGACGAGGCCGAUCUCGACUUCGACAAGGCUCUGAUGGAGCGCAAGGAUAUGAAGGAGCCCGGCAGCGGCAUUGCGGCCAGGUACACGAACGGUAGUCUUCGGCAUGAGACGGGAGACGCGAGAGAACAUCCCUCGUCUUCUUUCAGGGAUGACAGCAAGGACGAGGCCAAAGCGGACUCGAAGAAAGAUCCCUUGGAAGGAUGGAGCACCCCGCUAGGCCUGCCGUCGCCCAAGCCGCCCAAGAAAUUCAACCUGAAGAACCCCGCGCAACCGUCGUGCUCGAACGCCACCACCUCCGAUACCUUGAACUUCGACGUGGUGAAAGACUGGGGGGAACCCCUCAGAUUGCCGUCACCGGCGCCGGUGACCAACGAGGUCUCGAACAAAGGCGCGCCCGGCACGCCGAAGAAAGAACGGAAGCAGGCGAGGAAGGUGCAGUCGGAGAACAUAAAGAACAAGAAGCGGUCGGAAAGCCCCGGCAAAAACGAGAAGAAGAUGAAGGACUCGAAGAACAAGGUCCAGCCGGUCUACAUGGACCUGGCGUACGUCCCGCACCAUGGGAAUUCGUACUACACCUCGUUAGAAUUCUUCAAGAGAGUUCGCGCGAGAUACUAUGUUUUCAGCGGCACCGAGCCCAGCCGGGAAGUCUACGACGCUCUGUUGGAAGCUAAAAAGACUUGGGAGGACAAAGAUCUUGAAGUGACCAUGAUCCCAACAUACGACACCGACACCCUGGGUUACUGGGUCGCUGACAACGAGGAGGCGCUCGCCGCGAACCACAUAGACCUGUCGCCCUCCGCGUCCCGGUGCACCAUCAACCUCCAGGAUCACGAGACUAGUUGCAGCGCCUAUAGGCUCGAGUUCUAGGGAUUGGCAGCCUGCUCAGCCGUAAUAGUCGAGUUCUGAGCGACGUCCGGAACGCGUCAUCAUUCCGUUUUUGGACCCAUUCCUGCUAAAAGACCGGAGAAAAAAACAGAGAGAACGAAAAUGUGACCGGAGUAAAACAAAAAGAAAACAAAUCGAAAAGGUUGAACUACACGCAAGUCGACCUACCGUCCCGUCAGGCAACCCCUGACCCCUCCAGGAGACCCGAAAACAAAAUGGCAUUUCGAAUUCGAGAUCCCCUCGCGGUCGUAGCUUCGCGGCCUAUUUUAAGCAGGAUCGUAGAUAUCGUAUCGAACAAUGUAGAGGUUGUCCCCUGAAGAAGAAGGACCGUCUUUUCCGCGCAGGUCAAACACCGAGACUAUCUUCUAAGUUAAAGCGUUCUUUGUAUCUUUCCUCACGAGGAGACGGUGCGGGCGAUCAGAGAAAGAGAGGGCGAGAGAAUAUAUAUAUAUAUAGAGAGAGAGAGAGAGGGGG